AUGUUCGACGAGAAACUUUCAGAAUUCGUCGUGAAUAUCACGUCGCAUGACAAUAAUCCGUACCAACUGUGGUUUUUUAUCAACGAUUCAUUGAUUAUUCUCGGCAAUAUUAUCGCAAUAUUUGUGGCAUUUUUGUUUGUUAUAACGAUUAUCCGUUUGGAUCAUCCAACAUAUUCAAUUUCAAAUUUAAUAGCAUGUAAUACAAGCUUGGCAAUAGGAUUAACGAGUUCAAUUAUGUUAAUUAACGCGUGUUAUGCAUUAAAAAGUGAUUUUCGAGGUUAUGGUCAUUACGAUUCAUUUUGUGUUCUUCGUGGAACACUUUUGAAUAUCUGUUACAUCUACAUGUACAUGUCGUUAUGUUUGAAAGCAUUUAAUCGUCUGCGCUGUAUUAUCUACAAUGCUAAUCCGAUCAUAAAGUCUUACGGAUGUUUGUUUGUGCUUCUUCUAUUAAAACUAUUAGUUGCAAUUCUCGUCUCAUUGUUUCUCGUUUUGACAGAUGGGAUCGAUUAUGAUUGGAAUUCAUAUUUGUGUCUAGUGACAGACGCUAAAACAUAUCAUUUCAUCUUUACAUUGAGCGUUUAUUACAUUUCAAUUUUAUUUAUUACAAGUGUUUAUCUUUAUAUUCUUUAUUAUGUUUUACAUCUACCAUUAUUAGAGCGAUAUCGUCGAAAACGACAGUUGGCUGUUCUCCGACGAAUUUUGAUUUUGUUAAUCAUGCUCAUUAUACCGGGUGUUGUCACGUUCUUCAUCACUAUCUGGUGGAUGAUAUUCGGUACGAUUCCGUUGUAUUCACUUCGAAUUCGUACUCUAUUUGACGCAAUUGGUUACACCGGUUCGAUUAUCACUAUCUUUAUCUCCCACACAAAACUUCGUCAGCAAUAUUAUACGAAAAAGAAAAUCAAUAUCAAUCAAAUUGUGCUGAAAAAGUUUCCUUUUGACAAAUGUGAAUUAAUCGUGACACAAACACCGCCACCUUCACCGAAUACACGUGGAUAUCUCUGA